AUGGAGUUACUCAACCCAGAUCUUGAGAAAAACAUCACCUUUGUGCAUCCUGCUUAUUUUAUAAUAAGUGGAUUUAUUGACAUACCUGAUAUGAAGUAUUAUUAUGUCUUUCUCUUUUUUGUUUACAUUGUUUCAGUGCUGGGAAAUACAGCUGUGAUGGGAAUAAUAUGCUUGGAUCAUAAGCUAAGAACUCCAAAAUAUAUUGCAGUGUUUAAUUUAGCAUUUGCAGACCUGUUUGGUAGCUCUGCUAUGGUGCCAAAAGUAUUUGACAUCUUUCAGUUUGACCAUCGUUACAUUCCCUAUGAUGACUGUUUUACAUUCAUGUUUUUCUGUUACGCCUGCCUUGCAAUGGAGCCUUUUAAUCUGGUUGCACUUGCCUAUGACAGACUGAUAGCCAUCAUCUUCCCACUGCACUAUCAACUAAUGGUGACAUGUAGGUUCAUGUUUUCUUUGAUUGCCUCUUUCUGGCUCAUUGUCAGUACUUUUCUACUCAUUGCAGUUGUCCCUCUAACAACACUUUCCUAUUGCAAAUCUGUGGUUAUUAACAGUUAUGUCUGUGACUAUGCCUUGGUGCACAAACUAGCCUGCAAUGAAAAUGCACUCACCUUGUUCACUGGACACUCUCUAUCAGUACUUAUUCUUUGGCUCCCACUGGUAUUUAUUAUUUCAUGUUAUUCAUAUAUUGGCUAUGCAUUGUCUAAAGUAGCUGCAGUUAGAGAAAGAGUGAAGGCCUUUAAAACCUGCACAUCUCAUCUUUCACUGGUGGCAAUCUAUUUUCUUCCUCUAAUGUUCACAUUUGCUUUGAAUGCAUAUAUAGAUGCAAAUACCAGACUCAUAAACAUGUCUCUGUCCACUGUCAUUCCUCCCAUGUUGAAUCCAAUCAUUUAUGUUCUGCAGACACAAGAAAUCAGAGUAUCUGUGAAAAAGUUAUUAAAAAUCAAAAAGCAAUCCAAAGUUACAGUGAAGAAAGCAAUUUUAAAAUGA